CACGUGAUCGCCUCCGACACGAGCCAUGGCGUCCAAGUCUUCGGGGCUCAAGCUCCGCCACAUGGCCGGUAACCUCGAUUCCAAGGAGACCGGCAAGGUCACCAAGGACUACGAGGAGUACUUCAAGGAGGAGGACGACUCCAAGCGCACCGGUAACUACACCGACGUCGUGAACAAGUACUACGACCUCGCCACCUCCUUCUACGAGUACGGCUGGGGCGAAUCUUUCCAUUUCGCGCACAGGUACAAGUGGGAGACUCUGCGCGAGUCCAUCAUCAGGCACGAGCACUUUCUCGCGUCCAAGCUCAACGUGGGCCCGGGCAAGAAGGUCCUCGACGUCGGGUGCGGCGUCGGCGGUCCCCUGCGCGAGAUCGCCGCGUUCACCGGCGCGUCCGUCACCGGCCUGAACAACAACGCCUUCCAGAUCUCCCGCGGCGAGGAGCUCAACCGAAGGACCGGCCGUCACGACCACUGCGACUUCAUCAAGGCGGACUUCAUGAACAUUCCCGUGCCGGACGCCACCUACGACGCCGUGUACCAGAUCGAGGCCACCUGUCACGCCCCAGACGCCGUGGGAUGCUACUCCGAGAUCUUCCGCGUCUUGAAGCCCGGCGGCGUCUUCGCGUCUUACGAGUGGUGCCUGACGGACGAGUACGACCCGCAGAACGAGGAGCACCGCAAGAUUCGCCAGGAGAUUCUCAUCGGAAACGGUCUGCCCACGGCGAGGCACACGCACGAGGUGCUGGAUGCGCUCAAGAAGGCUGGUUUCGAGGUGACCGAGGAGCAGGACCUGGUGAAGACGGCGGACGUGAGCUGGUACGAGCCCAUCGACCCGGACCGCGCGUGGAGGCCGUGGAGGGACUUCUGGUCUUUCAAGACCACUUGGUGGGGGCGAAAUAUCACCCAUUACCUGGUGCUGGCGCUCGAGACCGUGGGUAUCGCGCCCAAGGGGAGCAUGGGCGUCAGCGGGUUCCUGAAAAAGGGUGCCGACGGGCUCGUGGCCGGCGGCAAGAAGGGAAUCUACACCGUGAUGUACUUCACCGCGGCCAAGAAGCCGCUCAAGUGAGCGCUCCACCGCGUCGGAACUCGUUGAUUGAUUUGUUCUUUGAUUCUAUUUGAUUCACGCGCCGC